CACUACCGAUUCCUAAAUUCCCAUCUACCGUUACGAUGCUUUCUUCCUCUAGAUAUCCUGCAGCCUCGCGAUCUCCUCCACUGCCCUUGCCAUGUUCUUUGACUUCGGCAUCUUUAUCACCUCGGGGCUCUCUUUCAGCGACAAAUUCUUCACCGCCAUACGACUGUCACGCACGGUGGAUGUUACCGUCAAGGUGAUGAAACAGGACAUCGCUGGAAACGACCCUCCGCCAGCGUGUCUAAAGUCCGCGCGGGAAAAACAAGGGGACUUCUUGUAGCAAGGACGCCUCGACGUGAAAGAGGGGGAGUGAAGAUAAGGACGACGCGGAGGGGGCGAGCGCUACAAGCGUACAGCUGGUGUUGAAGGUGGAUGCGCGUCCUUGCUGGUACGGCCCUGAGGACUAGCGAGGAUGGGUGUAGCGUCAAUACUGUAGUUCGAUACGAUGCUAUGUACUUAAGCGAGGGAGC